GUUCUUCUUCUUCUUCUUCUUCUAUGGCGGUGAGUCUCAACAAAACAUAAACCCCUCUAUCUCUCACUUUCAACUUUGGAGCUGAGUUGACUCACCUCGUUGUGUUGUUGCAGUUUGAUCGCGGAGCAGGGAGACAGAGCUAAAGUCCGAGAGAUUAAUUCAAGUGAAGAAAGAAGAAGGAGAAUGAUGAAUGGGAUUAAUAAGAAUGGAGGAGUGGGAGGAGGAGGAGGAGGAGGAGCGAGUGAGUAUAUAAGAAGGCACCAUAGGCACGAGCUCAAGGAUCAUCAGUGUAGCUCUACGCUAGUCAGGCACAUCAAAGCUCCGGUUCAUCUUGUCUGGUCAUUGGUAAGACGGUUCGAUCAACCCCAAAAGUACAAGCCAUUUGUGAGCAGGUGCGUCGUGCAGGGAAAUCUUGAGAUCGGAAGUCUCAGAGAAGUUGAUGUUAAGUCUGGGCUUCCUGCCACCACCAGUACUGAGAGGUUGGAACUUCUUGAUGAUGAUGAGCAUCUUCUAAGCAUUAAAAUAAUUGGUGGAGAUCACAGACUUAGGAACUACUCUUCGAUCAUUUCCCUCCAUCCUGAAAUCAUUGAUGGAAGACCAGGGACUGUGGUGAUCGAAUCAUUUGUAGUUGAUGUGCCUGAGGGGAACACCAAGGAUGAAACCUGCUACUUUGUUGAAGCUUUGAUUCAAUGCAAUCUCAAAUCACUUUGUGAUGUCUCAGAGAGACUUGCGGUGCAGGACCACACUGAGCCAAUAGAUCGGCUCUGAAAAAUUGAAGCCGAGAACAUAUGGAGGCAGGGGGUUGCCAUGGAUGAAGCUUCCGAGCUUUUACAUCUCGGAGGUUUUGGAGACGGACAGGCAGCAGAUCUGCAGAUGCUUCAUGCUUCCAUUUCACAUUACAUGCAAAACACAUGUUCAUGUCUCAUUUUUGUUUGCCUUGUUUUCUGUUCAAGAUUAUAUUGUCAAACCUCCCGUCUUUAAGGACCGUAGUUAUCAUAAAGGUCUCUGCAACUGUUCAUGAAUGACAAAAUCGAAAGGGUCUGGCCGUCUGGGGUUCUAUUUCUUGUA